AUGUAUGCUGAAGUUGUGCACAUCAUCGACUUCUACUUCAACCAAUUCGUAGCGAACGCACGGAAACGAAGCGCAGCUCGAGCGCAGAAAGUGUUGAAUGCGAAGAAAGGACCGCUGACUAGAGACGUGAUGAGCUCGUCGGCGGUCAGCUCAACUGAUUCCGGAAUCGAUGAUUUUCCAUUCAUCGACUAUGGAGAUGAUAUGACCACACCGAUAAUUACAGCGAGACCAUUUGAAAGUUAUGGACCAAGAAAGAAACCUUGGGGUAAGCUUUGGGUUGCUUGGGGGUAG